GGAAAAAAACAAAGAAAUCGCACAAGAAAAAGCAAAAAAAGAGAUCACACAAAAAGAGAAAGAAAAAGAAAAAGGAGCAGGGAAGGUCAUCAUCAGACUCUUCCCAGGAGAACGAAUGCUCUGAAGAGGAGACUUCAAGCAUUCAGAAGGGGAAGCACAAGCGCAAGAAAAAGACCAGGAAAGUGCCUGCUAGGGAACCUACCUCUUCCUCUGAGCAGGAAAGUGACUUUUCCCAUGCAAGCAGCUCAACCACCAGCAGCUCUGAGGACAGUGAAUCUGAGGAGAAAAAAGAGAAACGCCUCACUAAAAAGAGAAAGAAACGUCACAACUCUGUGUCAGAGAGGCACAGUGAAGUAGCAGAGAAGAGGAGCAAGCGGAAGAACUGGAAAGUAGCCGCUGAUGAGAAGUCGGAGGAUAGCUCAGAGGAGGACUGAUGGGGAGAUGCUGAGCUUGGGCUGCGGCUUAGACAACGCGAUAGAGGACAGAGCUCUGCUCCGCGGGACCCUCCUCCGCCACUCCGCCGUGCUGACGGCCGCCGCCGACCGCAGCGCUCCGGCCCGGCAGAGCCAUGGUGGCGCCCCGCAGGGCCACGGCAGUUCCAAGGCUGCAUCCCUGCACUGGACCAGUGAGCGUGCGGUCAGUGCCCUCCUGCUGGGCCUGCUCCCCGCUGCCUACCUGUACCCUGGGCCGGCUGUGGACUACUCCUUGGCUGCAGCACUCACUCUCCAUGGCCAUUGGGGUCUUGGACAGGUAAUAACUGACUACGUCCAUGGAGAUACUCCUAUCAAAGUGGCUAAUACAGGUCUGUACGUACUGUCGGCCAUUACCUUCACCGGCCUCUGCUACUUCAACUAUUACGAUGUUGGUAUCUGCAAGGCUGUGGCCAUGCUGUGGAGCAUCUGAGAUGCAACAAGUUGCUGACAAACGUGAUUGUUCCUUGCUGCCUCUGCUUGACUAUAUUUUUAACAAGUUUAAUGCAAGAACAAUGAAUAACCAAGGGUCUGUAGUAUGUAUGUAUAGCAGCCAAUUCGGAGCUCAUGUUUCAGAAAUAAAUCCCCAUCUUUCUUUUGAUUUAUUGCUACAGCAGGAAAAAUCUUAGGAAAGGAGGAGUAGGUUUAAAGUGGGUAAUGUCCAUUGAAUUGAUUUAAGCUGCACUGCAAAUGGGAAUGGAUGACAUAAAUAACAAAGUACAGCUGAGGAUAGUUUCCUUGUACAGGCAGCUUCCAUGAGUGUUUUUCUGAAAUACUGUUUUCUGUUUUGUAAAGCAAACUCAGUGGUAAUCGAACCAUUAUUUCUGACAUCACAACUGAACUGUGUGUAAGGCACUCCCUGUAACUCUUCGGGCCCUGAGAGUUAAUGUAGAAAGGGGAAUACCUUUUUCUUAAUCCAUACAAUAAAGUAUUUGCAGAAA